GCUCGAGGGGCUGCCAGUGCGGGUGCGCGGUGCCCGCCGCUAUGCUGUGCGAGGCCCCUGCGGUCCUGGGCCCCCUGCUGCUGCUUCGGCCGGGCGCUCGGGCAUGGAGGCGGCCGUCACGCCGCAGAUCCUCGAGGCGCUGGGGGCUGUCUUGCCCGAGGACGCGCCGGCUGAGCAUGACGCGUGGCACAAGGUGACGUUCAGCAGCAAGCACCCUGCCAGGUGCGCGAUCAAGUUGCGCGGUGUUCAAUGCCAGACCACCCUCGCGGCUUGCCUCACCGAGGAGGCCACGCUGCGUGUUGCCAGGGCGUGCUACGUGAAGCUCUCGGCCGGGGAGUCCAAGGAGCAGGUGAUCAAGUUCAGGGACGAGAUCUACGCCAGCAUCAAGGGGAUCAUGGGCAUCACAGAGGCCCCCCCAGAACGACAUUAACAUAGUCUUUCGAAUGUCCGCGCGGAUUUCCCUGGGACGCUAG